UUUUUCGGUCUUCCUAUAACGAUCCACACCGUCUCCUUAUUUUUGUACAUAUGCAUCUCUUUCUCUAUAGUGUCCACUAGUUCAAUGACCAUAAACUCAUCUUUUUACGCAAGACUUAGACAAACUACUCGUUGAAAACUUGUUUAUAUAGUAAAAGAUUUAUUAUUUCUACUUAUGUUCGAUUAGCAAUUAUUGUCCAUAAAUUAAUAUUGAUGAGUUAUCAGAAAGUAACACAGUGACAUCUAUUGGUUAAACAUAGAGCGUACUAUCACAGGUAUUCUUGUCUGACAAUUUUCAUUCAUAUCUUAACAAAAAAUCUGACAGUGUUGUCAAAUUCAAAUUUAAAAUUUUGUUUUAACGUCUAACUGUAAUCACAAGGUUAAAUGUUUGCGUUCCCUUUAAUUUAGUUUUAACUGUAUCUGAAUAAAGGUAAAAAAUAAUAAUAAUUUACAUUCACGUGUGUGUUUAUCUAAAAUAAUAUAUUGCAUUACAGUUGCAAUAAGGUUUAAUGAGAAUUAGAUUUUAGUGUACAAGAAGAUCACGAAAGUUUACGAGUAAUUAAGAAUAAUGAAAGUUCUUCAGAAGAAAAUUCAACUAUCAAAAGACAUUAAUCAGUUACAGGGUCACUUUCUAUAUCCUAAAGUCGUAAUAAUUGAAAAUGCUAAAACAAUAAUAGUCAUUGAUCUGCAAAUCGAAGAACUAUUAACUUCAAACAAGACUUUUACAUUUUGUCAUGAAAUAGUCCAACACACAUUUGAUGACUAUUUUCUUUGGGUGACACUUAAGUCAUUGGAAGUAUUUGUUAUAAACUUAAAUAAGAACUCCAUGUUGAAAUUAACUGUCAAUAAUUUUGCUAACUAUAAAAUUUGUGGAUUUGAGAGUGAUGAAAGUAAGUUAAUACUUAUAAGCGCAAGUGGCGAGAGGCUAUUAAAUCCUUGUACUAAAGAGGAGUUGUCUGCAAAAUUUGAUGACAAUGCAGAGGAAAUAACAGUUUCGCUUCAGAAAGUUUCCCCUCCUUAUAAAUUUAAACCUCUCCAGAAAAUGUAUAAGAAUGGCUUGCAUAUAUCUGUUCAAAAUAUGAAUUUAUUAUUAAAAUGUCCUGUGACUGGAAUUGUUGAAAAAUUGACAACAAACAAAGAAUUAGAAUUUAUUGUUUCAUGGGAUGAUGCCGCUGUAUUUUCCACUAAACAAGAAAUGUGGAUGAUAGAUUUGACACAUUUUGAUAAACUAGUAAAUUUUGAGAAAGUUGAAUCCCAUUAUAUCCCUUUGGGUUCAUAUGAUAAUAUUUUUUAUUAUCUAACUUGGGAUACAGAAGUCCAACUAUUUUCCACAACUUUGAAGUGUAAUGAGAAUCCGCAAUUGAAGAUAUGUUCGACACCUUUGCAAAUAUCACAAGAAACUUUGAAGGCACAACUGAAGUCUUUAAUACAGGAGGUAAUUGCUGCAGAUACCAAGAAUGUUUCAGUCCAGGUUCAAAACUUAUUCAACAAUAUUCAGGAUUCUUUAUUUUUAAUUGAAAUGGCUGCUAAGUUAUGUAAACAUAACAUUUUAUAUAAAUCAAUUUUAUGUUCUAUUCAAAAAAAGAUUUUCUUAAUGGAGGAUAUCACAGUGAUUAAUGCAUUCCACAACUUAAUGAUAAAGUUAGAUUUACUGGAGUACAUUUAUUUUAGACGCAUAACACAUUACAUUGAUAUGGAUUUAUUUCAAAUGAAUAUAAUAGAGUUAUGUGCAUUGUUUGUUUCAAAGUCAGAUUUUGAUUUAGCUUCUAUUUGUUGGUUGAAAUAUUCAAAAUUAAGUAAUACUACUACUGAUGAUGACAUCAUGAAAAUCUUAAAUGCUAUCCCUGUAAACAUAAAAUUAGGAGCACUAGUAAUAUGGCUACGUAAUUUUAUACCUACCUUAUUAGAUGAAAAUCCUUUUAAUGUAGAUCUUAUUGCUAAGUGGACAUCUGAAAGGAUAUUUAGUUUAGAACAAUCAACAUUUUGGCCUAAAAUUGGUUUAAAAUAUUUAGAAGCCAUUUUAGAAGUUUUUGAAUCAUCUCAAAAAACUAUUACAAUAAGACCUAUUUCAAUUGAUGAUCUUGAUAUUCUAAAAGAUCACAUAAAAUAUAUUAUUGAAUUGAAAGAAAAAUACAAAAUUAAUAUGUUAAUUACUGAAAUAACUUCUCAAAGUCCAAUGGAAGUAGCCCUGAUUAUGUUAAGACGAUGUUAUACUGAAGACUUAGAGCACCUACUAAAAGACAAUUUAACAGCAUAUGCAAAUAGAUAUCAAUUUGACUUAGAUUUAACAAUAUGCUCUUUCAUUGAGAUGCAAGCUGCAAGCAGUGGAGGCAGUGUAGAUGGACACAGGCUGGAAAUAUUACUUAAUUCAAUUAAUUCACUUUCAAAUAGAUUAGAAUGCUUUUUACAAGUUUUAAAAUUUUUGGAUGUACCUUGGGAUCCCAAAAUUGAAGAAAUUGCUAAAUCUGUUGCUUCUCUAGCUUUUUCUGAAUUUUCUCUUACUGAAUCAGAUAGAAUUCUAGCUCAAGCAAUAUAUGAAGAAUUUCAGGAUGCUAAAUUUAAGGUGAUUCUCAAAAAGUACAACUUACCUCUGCAUUCUUUUGACUGCAAUACUUUAAUUCAUAAAAUAGUUAGUGCCUCUACUAUUGAUUUAAAUGAUUUACAAACGGUAACUAACUACGUAUCGCCAUUUACACGGCAUUAUGCAAACGUUUUGUAUAUAAAUAGAUGUCUUAAAGAAUGUGAAACUAAAGCUGCUUUAGAUUUCUUUAAAUCGUUAACAAAACAUGACCAAAAAGUUUUAAUUAAAAGUGUAGUUAUUAAAUAUGAACAUAUAAUUUCCGGUCCAUCCAACAAAUUAUUAGAAAGAAACUAUUUAGAUUUUAUUAAGGGGUCACACUGUCAAGAUGUAUUACAAAUAAAUGCCUUUGAAAAAAUGUAUCACUUGAAAAAUACAUACGAUAUUCGAUCAGAAUUAAAUGAUUUAUGUGACAAAGACUUUUAUGAAAUGAAAUUAGAAUUUCUUAAGAAAACUGAUGCCUCUGGCCGAAGUCGGUGUUUUGAACGUUUUACAAAAUUAGAUUUCUUAAAUUCACAACAUUCAAAGUUAGAAGCUUUCUUGCACAAAACUUCUGCUAACGAAAGAGUUAGAAUCGUUGUUAAACAGUUGCUUUGCAUUGGAAGAAAUAAAAGUAAUGACAGAGAAAUUUUGAAUCAAUUUAAGGACGGAGAAAAUAUUGACCUGUUAUUGUUGUCUCAAAGUGUUUUGUCAGAUUUAAUUUGGGAUUGUCCUGAAGAGUACAUUCAUAUAUUAUGUAAAAUAUUAUCGAUGUUAAAUGCGAUUAUCAAUACAAGUACAAUUAUUAAAAACCUAUCGGUUACAUGGAAAUUUAGUUAUAUAUUCCUACCUAUGUCUUCGAAUGCGGCAUUAAAUAACUUGGUAGACUUUUACGUUAAUCGUGAAGAAGCCAAUGAGAUCUACGAUGGAAAUGAUUUAAUUCCAUUACGUAUAAUAGCACAUUCAUUCAUUGAAUCGUUGAUAUCUGUAAGACAUUUUAAUGAAAAUUUAUUAAGAAUUACCGAAAAUGUUGCUCAAAAAUUAUUAAAUAAAGUACUUGCAUCUCAGGAGCUAGAUCAAGUUAUAUUGACUGCACUUUUACUUGUUAUUUAUAAAAGUCCUAAUUUUGUUGCUGACAAAAUGCACAUUUUAGAAUUAUUGCAAGGUCGAUCUGAAAAGUAUUCUCCAUCAAUAAUGUACUAUUUAUCAUCUCCAGCAAUUCGACUUACGUUUGGACUAGAAACUGUAAUACCAAGUGCAUUGACAUACCCACCGCAGUAUAUAUUACAGUCCAAGUUCAACAUUUAUCUUGGUGAUAUUGCCCUUCCCGAUUAUAGAGAAGAGACAUGGGAUGUCAAAAUGUUAUUAUUUUACAUUUUGCGGCAACAACACGAUAUUUCCUUCGAACGUCUGGCCGAACUAUGUCAUACUUUAAAUGUUUGUAUUAACGAUGGAUUAUCAUUGUUAUUAAUUUCCUUCUUGAUUAAUUGGAAUUUACAGUAUAAAACUUCUGUAAAUGACAUAGGAUGUCGAGACAUUAAUUUAGAAAACGACGAAGAUCAUUUGAUUUCGAAAUGCCUAACGAUUUGGCAGAAUAUUGAAAAUAAAGAUUUUUUAAAGGAUGUUCUCAAAGAUUUUUGGAAAAAUGGUGAAGUAGUUAUUCAUGGUUGUGUAAUAUCUAUAAAUCCAUAUUAUUACGAAGUUUUACUGUGUAUUUACUAUCUUUUGGUUUCAUCUUUUUCAGACAGUAAAUAUUUAAACGAAUACUUUAUUUUAAUCUUUCUUAAACAAUAUCAAAGAAAGGGCGCACCAAAGCAGUAUGAAUUUGAAGUUUUUUCAGUAAAAGGACUCUUCCCAGAAAUUGGACAUUAUAGACUACCUUUUCACUUAUUUGUACGAGGCGAUAUGUGGUCGAAUUUAAAAUCGGAAAUAACAUUAGAGACAUAUGAACGAUGGCUUCCAAUAGUAGGCAAUUUAUCACUUGAUCGCAUCAUACAGACGGCUAAAGAUAUGAUUUGUAGUAAUGCAGUCAAACAAACUAUGACCAAUAGAAGACCUAAAAAUACAACAGAAACUGAUACAAAAGAUGAGGUUUGGAAAUUGACGUCAUGCGAAGAACCAUUACUUCGUGCGGCACAUCGUUGUGUAAGGCACAUAGCAAAUAUGGAAUGGGCUGGAGCAUGUCUAUUUUAUGUCUUGCAAGGUUGUGCCAGAGGAGCCGACCAAGUAGCAGCCGCUCAACUUUGUUAUCAGUUUUCGCAGCGCUGGGCCGCUGUACAACCUGGUAAUCGCGCAGUCCGUCAAAUGGAACGCCUACAUUCUACUUUAUCUACCCGACAUGUUUUACAUAAAAUAGACUGGGCUUGUGAAGAAUUUAUAAGGCUGACGUCUGAACCCUCACAACUAAUCCACGCUUUAUAUCUUCAUCCCAACUUCGUUAAAAAAAUAGGCCGUCAUAAUAUCAACAGAGCAGCAAAUGAAAUAGCAGAUAAAAACGGCAUUAACAUUAAUUCAAUCCGAAUUCAAAUUUUGGAAAAUCUUCUUGACAAGAACAAAGACAAACAAAAUCCGAGUCUUAAUAACAUCGAACUUAUUACAGCUAAAUAUAUAUUAAAAGUUACAUGUCCCAAGAUGGGGGCCAUUUACUUAUCUCGCAUCGCGGUAGAUGAUGAAAACGAUCAUAAUAAAAUAAAAAAACUUAGAGCUCUACAAUGUUUAAUGAGUGUUGUAGAUCAAGAGACCGCAGUAAAAGUUGCAAAUAAAGACCAUCAAAACCUCUGGCCAACUUUACUUGAGCUUUUGUAUACGGUCCACUUUGAAAGAAUUGAUAUGCCUUGGCUUGUUGGUUCUUUUAAACAAGAUAAAAUAAAUGCUAUAAGUCAGUUGAUUCAAGCAUCCGGAACUAGUAUUGAAGCAUUAAAGGUAUCAGCUGAACUAGCAUACAGAUAUGGAGACUUAAAAAGUAUUCGUGAUCUUGUACCGCUACUAUUGAAGAUUUCAUUACAUGAGGAACUGAUUCCAUUGUUAUUGAAAAUGUCACACCCUUUAGACAGUACUAUAUGUUUGGCAUGGCGUGCAGUUAUUUUGUCUCCAUUUCAAAAAGCUGACUACCCAAUAACAGAGAAGCAAAAGACAAAAUGCCUCAAAGCUAUUAACUUACUACCAUUGUGCCCUGUAAUAAAAGAUGAAGAUUUACUUGAAAUAUGGAAAAAUUGUAUCAGGUGUAAAUGCCCUGCUUUAGGCUGUUUAAUUUUACCUUACAUGGCAUCUGAAACUAGAGAUAAUUUAACAGAAAUAUCAAGAUUUGAUAAGAGAAAUUUAAUUAUAGGUUUAAAAAAUUUGCAUGCUGAAUCUUAUCUAGUAUCUAGUGCUAUGUGUGUCAUAGAAAGUAUGACCAUAAAGUUAAAAAGAUAAUUCUUCCUUAAUUUAAUUAUAUUUUUGUAACUACUACAAAUAUUAAUUACAACCUUAAAUAUUUAAAAUUAUAUGUGCAUGUAGUAUGUAUUAGUUUUAUAUA